AUGACCCAGCUGGAGACCACGGUCCAUUACGACAACGGCUUCGAGGAGGUGUACAUGACCCAGGAGGAUGAGUGGGACCGGGACAUGCUGCUGGAUCCGGCCUGGGAGCAGCAGCAGAGGAAAACCUUCACGGCCUGGUGUAACUCCCACCUGAGGAAAGCUGGAACUCAGAUUGAAAACAUCGAGGAAGACUUCAGGAAUGGGCUGAAACUAAUGCUGCUGCUGGAAGUUAUAUCAGGUCAGCCCACGAAACGAGAAAAUGUCUCUCACAACUCCCUGUCCACUCGGUUCUAUUCAGAUAUUUUGUCUUUGAGUCAAUUAAACAAUCUUUUAGAACCUCUGUUCGCAGGAGAGAGGUUACCCAAGCCAGACAGAGGGAAGAUGCGGUUUCACAAGAUUGCCAAUGUCAACAAAGCUCUGGACUUCAUCACGAGCAAAGGAGUGAAACUGGUCUCCAUCGGAGCUGAAGAGAUUGUGGACGGUAAUGUAAAGAUGACUCUGGGAAUGAUCUGGACUAUCAUCCUCCGCUUCGCCAUCCAGGACAUUUCUGUGGAAGAAACAUCUGCCAAGGAAGGUCUUCUCCUGUGGUGUCAAAGAAAGACUGCCCCCUACAGGAAUGUCAAUGUCCAAAACUUCCAUGUCAGCUGGAAGGAUGGCCUGGCCUUCUGCGCCCUGAUUCAUAGACACAGACCCGACCUGCUCGACUACUCUAAGCUCAACAAGGAUGAUCCUAUGGGGAACCUGAACCUGGCUUUCGACUUAGCUGAGAAACACCUGGACAUUCCCAAAAUGCUGGACGCAGAAGAUAUCAUCAACACCCCCAAGCCUGAUGAAAGAGCUAUCAUGACCUACGUGUCCUGCUUUUACCACGCCUUCGCUGGAGCUGAGCAGGCAGAGACGGCUGCGAACAGGAUCUCUAAGGUGCUCGGUGUCAACCAGGAAAAUGAGAAAAUGAUGGAGGAAUAUGAGAGACUGGCCAGUGAGCUGCUGGAGUGGAUCCGCCGCACCACUCCCUGGCUGGAGAACAAGACCCCGGAGAAGACCAUGGCAGAGAUGCAGCGGAAGCUGGAGGAUUUCAGGGACUACAGACGCCAACACAAGCCCCCGAAGGUGCAGGAGAAGUGCCAGCUGGAAAUCAACUUCAACACCCUGCAGACCAAGCUGCGCAUAAGCAAUCGCCCGGCCUUCAUGCCCUCUGAGGGGAAGAUGGUAUCCGACAUAGCCAGUGCAUGGCAGGGCCUGGAGCAGGCAGAGAAAGGCUACGAGGAAUGGCUCCUCACCGAGAUCCGUCGGCUCGAGAGACUCGAUCACCUGGCAGAAAAGUUCCGCCAAAAAGCCACCAAUCACGAGAACUGGGCCGGUGGUAAGGAGCUGAUCCUCUCCCAGACGGACUAUGAAACAGCCACCCUCGUGGAAAUCCGAGCGCUGCUGAGAAAACACGAGGCCUUCGAGAGCGACUUGGCAGCCCACCAGGACCGAGUGGAGCAGAUUGCCGCCAUCGCACAGGAGCUGAAUGAGCUGGACUACCAUGACGUGGCAGCUGUGAACCAGCGCUGCCAGAGCAUCUGUGACUUGUGGGACAAGCUGGGAACUCUGACUCAGAAACGGAGAGAGUCACUGGAGCGCACUGAGAAACUCCUGGAGACUAUUGAUCAGUUGUUCCUGGAGUUUGCCAAGAGGUCUGCUCCUUUCAACAACUGGAUGGAAGGAGCCAUGGAGGAUCUGCAGGACAUGUUCAUAGUGCAUACUAUUGAAGAAGUCCAGAGUCUAAUCGCAGCUCACGAGCAGUUCAAAGCUACUCUACCUGAGGCUGAUGCCGAGAGACAAGCCAUCCUGGGAAUCCACAAUGAGGUGCAGAAAAUUUCCCAGAGCUACGGGAUCAAGGCCAACAUUACGAAUCCCUACAGCACCAUUACAACAGAGGAGCUUCUUAACAAGUGGGAAAAGGUGAAGAAGCUGGUUCCUCAGAGGGAUGGUGCCCUCCAGGAGGAGAUGGCCCACCAGCAUGCCCACGAGAGGCUGAGACGACAGUUUGCUGCACAGGCUAAUCUCAUUGGACCCUGGGCACAGACCAGGAUGGAGGAAAUUGCACGCUGCUCGAUGGAGAUCGGAGGCGCGCUGGAGGACCAGAUGACUCAGCUGAAGCAGUGCGAGCACGUCAUCGUCGCUUACAAGCCCAACAUCGACAAGUUGGAGGGAGACCACCAGCUGAUCCAAGAGUCCCUGGUGUUUGACAACAAGCACACCAACUACACUAUGGAGCACAUCCGUGUCGGGUGGGAGCUGCUCCUCACGACCAUCGCCCGAACCAUCAAUGAGAUAGAGACCCAGAUCCUGACCCGCGACGCCAAGGGCAUCAGCCAGCAGCAGAUGAACGAGUUCAGAUCCUCCUUCAGCCACUUUGACCGGAAGAAGAAUGGAGCGAUGGAAACCGAUGACUUCAGAGCUUGCCUCAUCUCUAUGGGAUAUGACCUGGGAGAAGUUGAGUUUGCCCGUAUAAUGAUACUUGUGGAUCCCAGUGGUACUGGACUUGUGUCCUUCCAGUCUUUCAUUGACUUUAUGACCAGAGAGACCGCUGACACAGACACUGCUGAGCAGGUUGUGGCAUCCUUCCGGAUCCUGGCUACUGACAAGCCCUACAUACUAGUGGAGGAGCUGAGGAGAGAGCUUCCCCCAGAGCAAGCAGAGUACUGCAUCAUGAGGAUGCCGCCUUACACCGGCCAUGGAGUGCCACCAGGGGCACUGGACUACACUGCCUUCUCCACUGCGCUCUAUGGAGAGAGCGACCUUUAA